AUGGUAGCUUGGAUGCGUUUCAAGUUGCUUCUGGCUAUGGUCACCGCUCUGGUGACUAUGGCUGCUGCUUCGGCUGAAUGCCAAUACAUCGAGACGGUCUUUCUUCAGGACCCCCACACUGGGGAGCAGUAUCAGUUUGGUGAAGUCAACGUUCUGCCUCGGGCCUUGUUUGGUCGUGCUAUUCAAGCUUCUGAACUGAUCACUGUCACGGUUACCCAUACCACCUGCGAUCCUGAUGAAUCGACCACAACUGUCACCACAGAUGUUCCUUGUACGACUGUCCAGUCUACCACACUUCUCACCACGGAGAUUACUCCAGUCCCCGCUCAAAGUACCCCUGCUCCUGGUGUUCCUCAGUCUACUGUGCCUACCACCUCGUCAACUCCGGUGCCUGUUAACACUCAGACUUCCGUGCCUAUUGUCCCUAGCGCUACAAGGGUGACCACCAAGUCUUCUGCACCUGGCACCACUUUGGUGACCUCGCAGUCUUCAUUACCCGGGACCGCUCAGACCCCAGUGCCCAGUACUACCAAGGUGCCCAUUGGAAGCAGCCCUGUAACAAACCCUGGAUCCUCCACGGUUACUGCCACUACCACUGAGUCGGUUUCUUCUUCCAGUCCUAAUGCUACCAGCUUGGCUCCUAUCCCUGUCACUACCGAGAUCCCUGGAACUACUGGGUCCAUUACAUCCACUCGUCCUACCAAUGUGGUUCCUAUCCCUGGUACUACUGGAAUUGCUUACACAAACUCAACUGUUCCUCAGGCUCCCAGGACGGUGACUGAUGUGACCACCUUUUACACUACGUCUUCUUGCCUCAACUCAACUGAGCUGGCCCCUGCUCCGGUGACCACUGAAAUCACCAUUACCGUUGAAGUUCCUUGCACCGAGACCACCAAGUGUGUCAGCACCAAGGUCCUUACCACCGGCACCCUGCCGGCCUUGAACACAACCGUUCCUGCUUCCAUCCCACGGACCACUACGACCACCGAGAUUCAGUCGACCAUUUCUGUCCCUGUCCCGAUUACCACUGAGGAGGUCACUGGCACGGUCGAGAUCCCUUGUACCGGGACCACCAAAUGCACCAGUACUAAGGUGUACACCACCAUCCCUACGGAGACUACCACUAUCUCUGUGACUCCAGUCCCGAUUACAGCUCCACAGCCCACCACUGAGGUGGUGACUAUGGUCCAGCCGACUGUUCCUGGUGCCCCUGCAAAGGAGACCACCGAGGUUGUGACUACUGUGAUUCAGCCCACUGCUCCUGCUCCCGUUUCGCAGGGCACCACCGAGCUUGUGACCACUGUGAACCAGCCCUCUGUUCCUGCUCCUGUUCCCCAGACUUCUACUCACGAGGUGACUACCGAGAUCAAGCCGACUGACUUGGUCCCACUUCCGCACGCCACCACUGUCGAGGCUACUUCUCUGGUCAAGGUUCCUGCUCCUUCUACGCAGCCGGCUACCACCCAAGAGACCACCGAAAAUCAACCAGUCGCUGCGGCCCCGACCACUCUAGCUACUUCUACUGUCUCUAAGCCUGAGGUUGAGAGUACCACAACCGAGUCCAAGAUUUCGGUUGUGUCUCCCCAACAGCCUACUCACACCCAGGAGGAUACUGUCCUCCCAUCUCCUCAUGGCACUUCUUCCAGUGGUACUCACUCCGCUUCCCCUGUUUUCAACGGUGCCAAUGCCGCUGCAAUCAUGGACAGCCGUGUCUUUGCCAUGAGCAUUGUGAUUAUGCUCUCUCACAUCUUUCGCUUGAUUCUGUGA